AUGGGUUUGUUUGUGGGUAUUGUGAGGUUUUUUGUUGGAAUUGUUGAAUUUGGAAUGGGUGAAGAGACUUCUGAUACCAUGAAUCUUGAUUUGAAUCUUGGUCCUGGCCCUGAGGCUGGAUCGGAAUUAGAAGCACCAAAUGAAACAGUGAAUUUGGAUGAUUGGGUUGAUGACCCUAUUGUGAGAAUUAGGGAAGCUGUCAGGAUUAGGGCUCGACAUCGCAGGAGAUGGAGACAAUUUCAAGCUCCACAACAAACUCAAAGCCUUUCAGUGGAAUUGAAUCAACUGAUGGGUAAUUCUGGCCAUGUGGGCACAUUACAGGCUGGUGAGGGAAGUGUUGCUGCUGAAGAAAGAACAAAUGAAGUGCCUAAAAUGUGCGAAAAUAACAAUGGAUUUUUGGAAGAUGAGGUGUCAGAGAAAAAGGAUGAUGUUGAGAAGGCCAGUGGCAAUGAUGGGAGCUUCUUCGAUUGCAAUAUUUGUUUGGAUUUGGCUACAGACCCUGUUGUUACUUGCUGUGGUCACCUGUUUUGUUGGCCAUGCCUCUAUCAGUGGUUGCAUGUGCAUUCUGAUGCAAAAGAAUGCCCAGUCUGCAAGGGAGAGGUGACCAUGAAGAACGUGACCCCGAUUUACGGUCGUGGGUGUACCACCCGUGAGCCUGAGGAGGAUACAAGUCUGGAGAUCCCUAUUAGGCCUCAUGCACGGCGGGUUGAGAGUUUGAGACAAACCGCUUCAAGGCAUCUUUUCAGCUUCCCGGUGGAGGAGAUGAUUCGGCGACUUGGAAGUAGAUUUGAUUUAUCCCGGGAUUUGUCUCUUUCACAGGAUUCAAAUGGUUCCCGUGGAGCUGCUGAUAGGACCCAAUCCUUUCUGAAUAGGAUUAUGACAUAUAGGGGAAUGCGUGCUGAGCAAAAUCCUCUUGCACCUCCUGAUGAGAUAGUGGAUUUAACUCAGACAAACCCAACUAGCCCUGUGGGAGGACAUGCCCGUCGGCUUCAUGACAUAGUGGACUUAAUACAUUCUGGCACAGCCAGCACCGACGCAGGACCAACUCGUCGGCCUAAUUCACUCCUACUUCGAAGAUCUCAAACACACUCUCAAAGAUCUUCGACCCAUGCUGCACUUUCUACUGCUUUGAAUUCAGCUGAAAGGUUAGUUGAAACAUAUUUUCGAAACCAUCAACCCAUAGGGAGAAAUCAUGAGCAGCCCCAACCUGUUGAUGAUAGAGAUUCUUUCUCAAGCAUAACUGCAGUUAUAAACUCGGAGAGUCAAAUGGACAAUGCCAUGGAAAUUGAUUCUCUGGUCUCCCUUUCAACUUCUUCGAGAAGAAGAAAUGAUGCUUCGAGAAUCUCUGAUGUGGACAGUGGGGAUUCUCGUGCACCUAGGAGGCGAAGAUUGAACUAG